UUUCGUCACUGACUGCACGCACGGCCGCUACUGAAGCUUCAUGUGGGUGUGGGAGCAACUUUAACAAAGUCUCCACAAAGUCUCUUGUACGUCUCGUGUGCUUCAAUAUUUUAGAGAAAGACUUUACCUUCAAACAUCGUAAAAAAGACCUCCAUAACUCUUCUGGUGUUCUCUCUCUGGCUCUCAGUAUGUCUGAUGGGGACUAUGAUUACCUCAUUAAGUUUUUGGCUCUGGGGGACUCUGGGGUGGGAAAGACCAGUUUCCUUUACCAGUACACAGACAGCAAAUUCAACUCCAAGUUCAUCACCACAGUGGGAAUCGACUUCAGAGAGAAACGAGUGGUGUAUAAAUCUAACAGUCCUGAUGGCACAGCUGGGAGAGGUCAGAGAAUUCACAUCCAGCUGUGGGACACGGCCGGUCAGGAGAGGUUUCGCAGUUUGACCACAGCGUUCUUCAGGGACGCCAUGGGCUUUCUGUUGCUCUUUGACCUCACGAACGAGCAGAGCUUUCUUAAUGUCAGGAACUGGAUGAGUCAGCUGCAGACGCAUGCGUACUGUCAGAAUCCUGACAUUGUACUGUGUGGGAAUAAAUCUGAUCUGGAUGACCAGCGCGCUGUGAAAACUGAGAACGCACGAGAACUGGCUGAGAAAUACGGGGUGCCGUAUUUUGAGACGAGCGCCGCGAGCGGAGAGAACGUCAGUCACGCCGUUGAGGUUCUGCUGGAUCUCAUCAUGAAGCGAAUGGAGAGAUGCGUGGACAAAUCCUGGAUCCCGGACGGAACCGUCCGCAGCAACGGCCACAGCACCACCGAUCUCACAGAGCCGCGGGACCCCGAACAGAGCAAGUGUGCCUGCUAAUGAUGUCACUUCCUGCUAACGGUAAUAAAGCAGUGGAGCGUAAAUACUUUAUUAACCUCAAGGCUGGUUACCAGACGCCACAUUUUAGGGCUUUGCGAACAUAUUGCACCAAAUCUUUAAUCCAUAACCGUUCUUUGAUGUGUUGCUUGACCGUCUGUGUCUCUCACACACACACACCGAUGUAGUGUUUAAUACUAGACCUGCACAAACGCAUGCAGUGAAUAUCAUUGCUUCAUUGGGUCUGGUUUUUAUAUCUUUUUUUUUGACAGAAAUCUUUCGAAUCACUGUAUGGCGUCGUUAUUAUUUAGAUUAUACUUUGUUCAUUUCAUUCGCAAGUUCUUCGAAAGUAUGAUUUAAGAAUAAACCCAUGACAGACUAGACUAGACUAGUUGGUGGGUUUGUGCAGAAUUAAUAACAGCCACUUUAAUGCCACAUUUUUUUGAGUUUUCAAGUUUAAUGAGCACUUUUAAUUGUGUCGCUAUGUUAUCUUUAGUUGUGUAGAUGUCUCGACAAAAUAACUGUUUAGAUGUUGUAUGCAUAUGUAGAUUAGUGGUUAUCGUAUAUUGUACAUUUCUUUAGUCAUUCACCUGGUGUUGGUUGGGUUUUUUGUGCUUCUGGUCUCAUGUAACAGUGUUGAAUACUAUUAAGAAUCUUUAUCUGCAAACCAGACAUGUCAGAACAUUGAACAUGUUUAAACUUAAAAAGAAAAGGGGAUAUCAAGUGCAGACAGGUUUUGUUGAUUGUGUCUUAACAGUCUCAUUUGAAUGUUUGUCAUUUAAUGUGGAUCAUUUGGUUUAGUUUACAGAAUAAAUCCCAACGUGCUUUAUUCUACUGUGGUGCCUUGACCACUGCGCCAUUGCCAAACACUGUCUCUUGUGCCAAAUACUGUAAUUGAGAAAAUAAAUAUUUUAUUUAUUA